UACGUUUAACUAUGAAUGUUAUACUUUUUAUUAAAUCUAUCGUCAUUUGUAGUUUAUUGGAUAAUUUCCAUUAUUUUUCUACAGUUUUGGCGAUAGAAAGAAUUGAGCAGAAAAUCGUAGGAGGUUUAGCGGCAGAAGACGGUCAAUAUCCAUAUCAAGUUUCUUUGAGAAUAAACAAUCGCCAUUUUUGUGGUGGAUCUAUAAUAAAUAAUCGAUGGAUUUUGACAGCUGCUCAUUGCUUAGCUGGAUUCAAUAAUACGGCAAUAUCUGCUGUGGUGGGUACCAAUUAUCUCGACAAAAGUGGAAGCAUUUACCAAUCAAAACGCAUCAUUAGCCAUCCGAAAUAUAGUUCUUUAUUUAUAAGAAACGAUAUCGGACUUAUUGAAUUGGAAAAGGAUAUUGAAUUUAGUGAAAAGAUCCAACCGAUAAAACUUCCGGACACAAAUUUUGAUAAAAUCGAUUAUCCUGCUAUUUUAUCCGGAUGGGGUACGACUAGUUAUCCAGGAGAACCACCUAAUGAGUUACAACACAUCAAAUUGAGCGUUAUUGAUCAACAUGAAUGUUUAAAUACAAGCUUUCGUGUAACAAAUAAAAAUAUCUGCACUUUAUCAAAAAAAGGUGAAGGAGCAUGCCAUGGUGAUUCGGGUGGUCCACUGGUAGCGGAUCAAGUUCAGAUUGGUGUUGUAUCAUGGGGAACACCGUGUGCUAAAGGAAAGCCGGAUGUUUUUACUCGAGUUUUCAGUUAUGCAGAUUGGAUUAGAGGACAUUGCGAUAAAGAAGAUUAAAAAUAUUAAUAACAAAUAUUAUUAUAUAGUUUAGUUUAA